AUUCCCUAUGGUCAUCCGUCCAUCUUUACGUCUGCAUUUCUGAACAUGACUGCCUGCGUCAUAUAUAAACCCCUUGGACUACUUAUAUGCAUAAUUUGUGAGAUUGGCAUCGCUACCAAGUGUCUCUCUGCCCACAGACAGAAGCAUCACGAUGUGCCUGCCCUUACCGCUGAACAGAUCUCGGUCUUGGAGGCCUACAAACUUCACGAGUCGGAUAGCUUCGAGGACUGGGACAACUCCAGCCCCGUUGUUCCCGGUAUUCCAUACCAAGAAGGAUAUAUGUGCACGUUUCAGGGCUGCUGCUUCGCCACUAUCUCAAAGCAGCGCAUCCAAGUCCAUGACAGGGACUUCCAUAACACCCGCAACAAUUGGAAGAGCUGCACUGUGCAGGCUUUCUAUGCCAGCAUGCAAAGGAAGUACCCAGUAGUCGUCCCUCACUCCCCUUCUGCUCUACAUGUAGCUCCGCCAGGGUCUCAAGACUUACUCGCCCAGGUAGAAUCAUUCUACGAGCAGCACCGCGCUCUGCACAAGGGACGCCUAGGACCGCCUAUGGACAGAGCCCACCUGAACCCUUUUCUGGCCAAGUAUAAUUGGCUAGAGGUGAUCAAGGACGAGUCGCCGUCUGAUAUCAUCGACUGGGUAAAGAUGCCCGAGAAAGAUGAAAUCGAGUUAAGCGGCAUCUUGCCGUGUUUUCAACGUUAUUUUGACGAGAUCAUCAAGCUGCUAACCGACGAGAAUGCAUUUCGAAAGACUCGUAUACUACGGGCGGUCAACACCACGAAAUCCAUCCAUGAACUCAAUAAUCGACCCUUCAAAGCACCACUUCGAAAGCAAACGGUCCAGCGCUACGUGCGAACGUUUGCAAAGCUGAUCGCAUUUGUGUCUCGAGCACGGGACGGUCGGCUCGAACGUACCAGCAAUUCUACGGCUCGAAAAGUGGCUUUGGGGAGCAAGAUACAGCGCUGUGCCGAGCAGCUUCUUACUGACAUGGAUCAAUGCCAGGCCGCUCAUUCAGCUGCCCAUAACCUAAUAAUGGCACUUUUGACAACCCAAUAUCCGCCCUCAACGCCCUUGGAUUGUCCAGGCAGGCUCUUUCUCAUCUUCAGCUGCGUCAAGCUGUCCGGUCAAAUACUGGAUCCUAUCCACAUAAACCCAUUUUUGAGCGAGUUGAGAUGGUGUUUGAGAGCCGCAGGUUUCUAUCAAAUUUGUCUGUUGUUCCAAAAUGCUCCCGCUUUUGUUGUGGAAAACAAUCCGCAGGCUUUGAUUGAAGAAGUUCACAGGUGGCUGCGAGAAGAUUGUCUGAAUUUUUUCGGCGACCUGCUGGAGAUAGGACAUUUUCUCUCGUUUGUUACGGCCAACACGUCCCUGCUUCCCCGAAUGAUGUGGGCAGAUCUUGAAGGCUCUGCUCUCAGUUUUGAUGGUCGACUUAUUCCCAUCGCCAACUUCGUAAACCUGUACCGCAACCUCAUGGAGGAGACAAAGGUUCAGCUGUAUGAAGUUGUUCUCCUCGGCGCUUCUUUACCAAACAUUGAGCAGGAGCACAUUCAUGACGAUUUGAGCAACCUUGAACCGGGCUACUCGUUCCUAUCCGACAGAAGGAACCAGUUUUGUGUACAUGGAUCAGCGUUGAUGAAAGAGAUGACGUCGACGUUCUCGGGGCGUUUUGUCGUGUCUCACAAUUCUAGUGGUGUGGUGUGGAACCUUGGCCAAAUCAGGCGCUGGAUAGGGGAUUGCGAGGACUUUCUUCAGAAGGUUUUUCUUCUCUAUCAUUUGGGUUCUGGACAGCCUGCUCGAGGCACUGAGCUGGCCGUCAUGGCCUGGCAAAACACCAACCUUCACCCUAGAAACGUCUACUGGUUUUCUGGCCAUUUGAACUUCGUAUCACGCUAUAACAAGACUCAGACCAACCAGGAGAAGGAGCGGGUCAUUUCGCGGAGCAUGCCUCCGGAAGCUGCUCGGUUGAUGAUAGCGUACCUCACGUUCGUCCCAAAGGUUCUGACCACUUUUGUCGCAUUUCCAAACCACUUCCAGUUUUCUGCUGGAUAUGAAGAUCAUCUAUUCAACGGGCUGCAUGGGCCAUGGGAUUCGGACGAUUUCUCUGACAUCCUUAUCGCCCAUACCGGUAGACCUGUAUCCGAGGGUGGAUUGGGUCAUCCCAUGGGCCUGGCCGAUAUCCGCCAUCUUCUCAUUGGCGUUAUGCGCAAGAACUGCAAACGCCUUGUAGCUGAUUUGGAUUUGGAAUAUUAUUUUGACGAACAGAGUGGACACCAGGGAAGUGUUGCAAGGGGCUAUGCGGUUGACCACGCAUAUGUACAAUCCGUCUCAAGCGAGCACCUGCAAAAGUUUGUGGCCCUUAGCUGCGCUCAUCACGCCCUUCUCUUCCCUCCAGCCACUCCCGCUGCCCCCCUGCAAAGCACCUCUUCGCAGCAACUGGUGCUUUCCACUGGUACUGACGUCCACAUGCAAUCAGAAUUAGCUAUCAUGCCUCUGCUAUCUACCCUAACACCCUUGGUGGUGAGCUCGAUAUCCGACGCUUUUGCGGCAUAUGCCUUUCGUCAAACAUCUCAGUCAGUCCAAGAGUUUAGCCCAAGUUUCCCUUAUUACAUCAACCCUUUGCGCUUUCAAGAACUUCGAUCUCUCAUGGGUCGUAACGCAACCUUUAGAUCCAUAGAACAGGCCCGCGCUUCAGAAGCUGUCAGCGCAAGGGUCAAGGACCUGGUCAUUGUCCUCGGUACUGGGGAGGGAAAGACCCUUCUUUACAUGAUGCCUGCGGUCAGCAUUCUGGAAAAACACUGUGCAACAGUUGUGAUUGUCCCUCUCAAGGCCUUAUUGGAUGAGCUUCGCGCUCGCUUUGAGGCGAAAGGCUUGGCAACCAUCACCUGGAGCCCUGGAAUGAGGACCUACGACGCUAGGACCAUCUUUGUUUCCGUGGAGCAGCUAGAGUCUCCGUCGUUUUUCGAUUAUCUCAGAGAAGGAGUUCAGCAGGGCGCUCUUUCCCGCAUCGUCGUAGAUGAGUCUCAUUACGCCUUAACCUCCAAGCAUUAUCGUCCAUGUCUGCGUCUUAUUCCACACCUUCGUCAACUUCCUCUACCAAUUGUUGCAUGUACUGCAACGCUACCUCCCGCCACUAUCACUCGAUUCUUGGAGCAUUUUCAAAUGCUCUCCGGUGCCACCGAGAUUAUCCGCGGCGAUACCACCAGGAAGGAAAUUUCGUUCAAUGCCUUCACCAUUGUCGACGGUCAGCUUUCCAUUCCUUCGUCGCUACGCUUUCGAGAUGCACAGAAGCGAGAGCAAAAUUAUCUCGUAUGGCUUGCGGGCCUGCUCCUCAAUUUACCAGCAACGGAUAAGAUACUUGUGUUCUGUCAAACGAAGGCAACCGCUGAGGCAAUGGCCAAGGCCUCAGACACUAAAUUUUACCAUUCAGAGUUACCCGACGACGUGAAAAAGACAACCUUGGACAGCUUUAGAGCCGGUGCUGGCUCAUUCCGUGUGCUCUACACUACGUCUGCACUCUCAGCUGGUUUGGAUAUCCGAGACAUUCGAGUGGUCAUUCACCUGCGCAAGCCAAACAGCAUGCUGGACUACGGACAAGAAUUUGGUCGUGGAUGCCGGGACGGAAGACCAGGAUGGGCAUUCAUAAUUUAUGACCCUAAGCACAAGCCUUUUACUUUACAGACAGGUCAAGAUGAUACCGGGGUAUCGGAGAUAGCCUCAUGGCUCUCCACGCCGGUGUGUAGGAGAUUGGGCUUAUCGUUAUUCUUUGAUGGCAGGGCUUCAAACUGUCUUCAAAUGGUGACGGUGCAGCUUUGCGAUAUCUGUCAGAUAACUGUCGCCAAGGUAUUAUCCAUGCUCUCGCAACACUUUAGAUUUCCUGACGCCUACAUUGCAGAGUAUUCAUGA